AUGAACGGUGCUGUUUUACGCAUGCACGUAGGAGAGGCAAAGGCGGGGGAGAAGAAGGAACGAGCGGUCAAUCUUAUGCAGCGCUCUCAAUCAUCUCGGCUAGGAGAAGGGGCGAGGACGCAGUCAGCGAAACAGCCUCCAGUGACCGCCGCCGCUAAGGAAUCUGCGGCCCCUGUCAGUGCUGUCGAGCCCCCGCCACGACACGCAGCGCUGGAGUCAGCACUUGUAAGGAACCUCAAGAAACAAAUUGCGUGCCUUGAGAUGGAGGUAGUUGUCCUGAAGGGAAUGCUGAUGAAGGGGUCGGAGUUGGGCGCUCAUUCCAAAGGCGAAGAAUGCGUUGGCGAUGUCUCUUUUGCCGAGGCGGAGCGGCAAUUGGGCUCCUCGGCGGUGGAUGGUGUUCUUUUCACCACCUCUGCCCACGUGAGCCCCCGUUCGCUUUGGAUUGACGCGGAUAAGAGGGACACGCGGCGGCGGGAGGUACUCCACAACGCGAACAUGGCAGCGCUUCAAUUCACCGUUCAGCGUCUUCAGUUAGACAAAGAGGCACUCGAGGGUCGACUCCAGUGCGAGGAGCAGCUGAAGAGAAAAAUGGCGGCGGAAAAUGCUCGACUGCUCUUGGAGCUUCGCGAGAGUAGUGGCAAGGAGGAGGAAACCCAUACACGUCUUUCGGAGGUGCUGAAUGCACUCAACACCGAGCAGGAGAGGCGCCGAGAGUUGGAGAACAAACUGCGACUCUCUGCCGAACCGCCACCCGUUGAAGGGGAUGAAGAACUCAGAGCGGAUCUGUGGAGUGAAAAGGAAUAUUACCGCGUUCAAACUGAUCGGCUGCGGAUUUCUCAGAAGGAGAAACUUGCAUGCAUUGGGGAGCUUGAAAAGCAACUAAAAACAGAACGGAAGAGGGUUGCGGAGCUGGAGUCAAAGUUAUCCACCGCACUGGAGGAAGUCCAGCGGCUAAAUCGAUUAACUGCAGAGAACUCAAGUAUGUACGAGAGCAUGGAUAAAAGUUAUGUGGGGAUGUGCACACUUUUGCAGAUGGCUACGGAUGACUACGACGCACUUCAGCAUCAACUAUUAAAGCGUUCGACGGAAACGUCCUUGCCCGGCUCAUUGGCUCACAUUAGGGAAACACCGCAUGAACAGGAGCAUGUAUCUUCCCCUCUACAAAAGGAGGCUGUUGAUGAAAAGGGUUGUAAACGUGAUGACGAGAUUCAGAACGAAGUUAACUCUUUGAGCAACGCCGCGAAAUCACCUUUCUUUCCUCCGCCUCCUGCAGCGACUGUGCCUGCAGCCACUGUGUCGACGUCGGUGACUGCCCUUGGACCAAACAACCAAAAAGAGAUCCCCUUGCUCAAUGCGGUAGAUAAUGAGUUGGAGACCACUGAAAAAAGAAUCCGCGAGGAAGAAGCGGCACUUUUUGCAUUCCUCAACAGCCGAUAA